GCCGGAGGAAUACAUCACCCAUGGGGCUGCGCGCCGCCUUUCCGCGCAGGCGCCGCUGAGGGCUGGGCUGUUGCUCCCUGACGGGUGGCUGCGGCGGCUCCUCGCCAUGGAGUCCUACGACGUGAUAGCGAACCAGCCCGUCGUCAUAGACAACGGCUCAGGUGUGAUUAAAGCAGGUUUUGCAGGCGAUCAAAUACCGAAAUACUGCUUUCCAAACUAUGUGGGCAGACCAAAGCAUGUUCGUGUUAUGGCUGGUGCUUUAGAAGGGGAUAUUUUCAUUGGUCCAAAGGCAGAGGAGCACAGAGGUCUCCUCUCAAUCCGAUACCCGAUGGAGCAUGGCAUAGUGAAGGACUGGAACGACAUGGAGCGCAUUUGGCAGUAUGUGUAUUCAAAAGACCAGCUUCAGACAUUCUCAGAGGAGCAUCCUGUGCUGCUGACGGAAGCACCCCUAAACCCGCGCAAGAACAGAGAGCGUGCUGCUGAGGUGUUUUUUGAGACCUUCAAUGUGCCAGCACUAUUCAUCUCCAUGCAAGCUGUGCUUAGUCUCUAUGCGACUGGAAGGACUACAGGAGUGGUGCUGGACUCCGGGGAUGGCGUUACCCAUGCGGUUCCCAUCUAUGAAGGCUUUGCCAUGCCUCACUCCAUCAUGCGGAUUGACAUUGCUGGCCGUGAUGUCUCACGCUUCCUGCGUCUCUAUCUCCGGAAGGAAGGCUAUGAUUUCCACACAACCUCUGAGUUUGAGAUUGUCAAGACCAUCAAGGAGCGUGCCUGCUACCUGUCAAUAAACCCCCAGAAGGAUGAGACUCUGGAGACCGAGAAGGCUCAGUACUACCUGCCAGAUGGAAGUACUAUUGAGAUCGGCCCUGCCCGUUUUCGAGCCCCAGAGCUCCUGUUCCGGCCAGACCUGAUAGGGGAGGAAUGUGAAGGACUCCACGAGGUGCUCGUUUUUGCCAUUCAAAAAUCAGACAUGGACCUGAGGCGAACGCUGUUCUCCAACAUUGUGCUGUCUGGAGGCUCCACGCUUUUCAAAGGCUUUGGUGACAGGCUGUUGAGCGAAGUGAAGAAACUAGCUCCGAAGGACGUCAAAAUAAGGAUAUCAGCUCCUCAGGAGAGAUUGUAUUCCACGUGGAUUGGCGGCUCUAUCCUGGCCUCACUGGACACCUUUAAGAAAAUGUGGGUUUCGAAAAAGGAAUAUGAAGAAGAUGGAGCUCGUGCCAUCCAACGAAAAAGCUUCUAGCCCUGGGACCUGUCCUCAGUCUCCUCUGAAGACUCACUUCAGUUCUAAACUCGCUUUUCUGAGUCCGAGUGUCUGAGAGCUGCCUGUGUGUGUGUGUGUGCGCCAGCAUGCCCCGAUGUCACUGAGCAAAGACGACAGCAGCAGGAGGGUUGUAUUAGUACUACUAACUUCUUAUUUUUUUUAAUUUUUUUUUUGAACGGAAAGGAGAAAAUACCAGGGAAUUUCUCCUGAAUGGCCCAUUCCUUUUUCAUUUCAGUCCCUUAAUUUCUGUAUUGCAAUCACAUUUGUCACUGUAAAACAAACAAGCAAGCAAGCAA